CGUGCGUGCGUGACGCCGGGCGGCGCGAGGCGGUUUCUCCAGCGUGUGGCGCCCCCCGGCGGCAGCGAGGACUUAAUGUGACAGCGGGACCUGAGCGCCUGCCAUGGAGCCGCAGAAAGAGGCGCGAACACCCGGGGACCCCGUCGCGCGGCCGUCUGGGCCCUCGAGGUCCCAGACUCCUAACGACGAGGAGCGGCGGGAGGGCGACACAGCGCCGGCGGAGGCUUCCCUGGGCGCGGAGGCGCUGUGGGAGCUGCCGGUGGAGCCCGCCGAGCGGAGGCCCGAGUGCAGCCGCUGCAGCCGGCCUCAGAAAGUAUGUUUGUGUCCAUUUCUACCAUUGCAUCCUCUGCACAUCUCUACUCAUUUGUACAUAAUUCAGCAUCCAGCAGAGGAAAACAAAGUGUUGCGGACAGUUCCCCUAUUAACAGCAUGCCUCCCCCAGGACAAGUGUAAAGUCAAGAUUGGUCGUCGCUUCAGUGAAGAAAGAGAUCCUGAACUUUCAACUGUUUGUCGGAAGUCUGAUACAUUAAUAUUAUAUCCAGGGGCUGAAGCUGCUAAUUUGGAAGAAUUUAUAUUAGAUUCUCCUAUUUAUCCUUCCACAAUCAUCAUCAUUGAUGGUACAUGGAGCCAGGCUAAGGAUAUUUUCUAUAAGAAUUCCUUGUUCCGACUCCCCAAACAGGUGCAGUUAAAAACGAGCAUUUCUAGCCAGUAUGUAAUUCGGACGCAACCAACUAACAGGUGCCUUUCUACACUGGAAUGUGCAGCCGCAGCUCUUUCCAUUUUGGAGAAAAAUAACUACAUACAAGAGACUUUGCUUCGUCCUCUUCAAGCUUUAUGCUCUUUCCAGCUUCAGCAUGGUGCUCAAAUUCGCCUCAGCAAGGAACACCUUCUGAAAAAUGGAUUAUAUCCUAAGCCAAUGCCAAAGAACAAACGCAAACUCAGGAGAAUGGAACUGUUAAUGAACAGUGUUAAAAUUUAGUACAGUUGUUUUGUGGUGCUAGUUAUUUUGUCUUCUGCUGGCAAGACCAGGUUGAGUUUUCAGAAAAUUUAAAUCUGUGGGUUUUUGACUGCUAAAGAGUGAGAGUUGCAUACUAAACUUGCCCAGAAGAAGGAAGUAAACCAAAUAGCCAUAAAAAAGCAAACAAACACAAAAAUUUCACUGACUCCGUUAAAAGCAAGGUUUCAUAGUGUGUUUGUUUUAAAAAAUGUGCCUCUAAUACAUUUUUUCAGAUCCAUUGUUUGAAAUGUGAUUAAUUGUUGAGUGAGGUUAGAAGUUCUUUUUUUAUAAAAUAGAAAGAAAUUAUUGUACCUGAUUGCGGCAGUAUUGUUUUCAUUAAUGUGUAUACAUAGUUAGGUGUAGACCUUUAAUUGAGGGCACUUACAUCAAUAACCAAUCUUGAACAUAAACUUUAUAGUUUGUAAUAAGUAACAAAAAUAAUGAUCAUCAAGUAGUUUAGAUUGAGUUAAUUUAUUUCAUAGGAUACUAUAACAAUAUGGAAACUAAAUAUAUUCUUUAGGGACUGAAUUUGAACUCAGCUUUAUGAUUUAAGUGUUUUAUUAAUUGCCCGAAUUUUUUGGUAUUAAGGUAUAAUUGGAAUAUAAGAUUAUAUUAGUUUCAGGUGUACACCAUAAUGAUUCAGUCUUUAUAUACAUUGCAAAAUAAUCAUCACAUGAUCAGUCUAGUUAACAUCCCUCACCAUACAUAUUUACAAAAUAUUUUUCUUGUAAUGAGAACUUUUAAGAUAUACUUUCUUAGCAACUUUCCAAUAUGCAAUAUUUGCAGUUUUGCAGAAUUAUGAACUAUAGUCACCAUGUUUUAUAUUACAUCACAUGACUUAUUUAUGUUAGUUUGUUUAUUUUAGUAGUUUGUUCCUUUUGACCCCAUUCACCCAUUUGCCCACCAUUCACCCUCUGCCUCCAGCAACCACCAGUCUAUACUCUGUAUCUAUGAGCUUCUUUGUUUUUUGUUGUUUUUAAAGAUUCUGCAUAAAAAUGAUAUCAAAUGAUAUUUAUCUUUCUCUUUGUGACUCAUUUCACUGAGCGUUAAGCCUUCCAGGUUCAUCCAUGUUGUCACAAAUGGCAAGAUCUCAUUCUUUUUUUUAUGGCUGAAUAAUAAUCCAGUGUGUGUGUGUGUAUACACCACAUUUUCUUUAUUCAUCCACUGAUGGCUGUUUAGGUUAUUUCCAUAUCUUGGCUAUUGUAAAUAAUGCUGCACUGAGCUUAGAGGUGCAUCCUUUCAAGUUAGUCUUUUUGUUUUCUUUGGCUAAAUACCCAGAGAUGGAAUUACUAGCUCAUAUGAUAGUUCUAUUUUUUACUUUUUGGGGAACCUCCAUACUGUUUUCCACAGUGGCUGCACUACUUUGCAUUCCCUCCCACAGUGCAUGAGGGUUCCCUUUUCUCCACAUCUUCCGUGUCAGCCCUUGUUAUUUCUUGUCUUUUUUGACACUUAGCCAUUCUGACAAGUAUGAGGUGAUAUCUCUUUGUGGUUUUGAUUUGUAUUUCCCUGAUGAUGAGUGAUAGUGAUCAUCUUCUCAUGCACCUGUUGGCCAUCUGGAUGUCUUUAGAAAAAUGUCUAUUCAGAUCCUCUGCAUGUUUUGGGGUUUUUUUUGCCCAUUUUUUAAAUCAAAUUGUGUUUUUUUUUCUAUUGAAUUAUAUGAGUUCCUUGUAUAUUUUUGUUAUUAACCCCUUAUCUGAUAUCUGCUUUGCAAAUAUUUUCUCCCAUUCCAUAGGUUGCCUUUUCAUUUGUUGAUGGUUUCCUUUGUUGUGCAGAAGCUUUUUAGUUUGAUGUAGUCCUACUUGUUUAUUUUUACUUUUGUUGCUUGUGCUUUUGGUGUCUGAUUAAAAAAAAUCAUUGCUAAGAUUGAGGUCAAGGAACUUACCACCUUUGUUUUUUGUCUAGUUUUAUGGGUUUCACAUCUUAUAUUCAAGUUUUUAAUCUAUUUUGAAUUAAUUUUUGUGUGUGGUAUAAAAUAGUGGUCCGGGGCGCCUGGGUGGCUCAGUUGGUUAAGCGACUGCCUUCGGCUCAGGUCAUGAUCCUGGAGUCCCUGGAUCGAGUCCCGCAUCGGGCUCCCUGCUCAGCAGGGAGUCUGCUUCUCCCUCUGACCCUCCUCCCUCUCAUGCUCUCUGUCUCUCAUUCUCUCUCUCUCACAUAAAUAAAUAAAAUCUUUAAAAAAAAUAAAAAAAUAAAUAAAAUAAAAUAAAAUAAAAUAGUGGUCCAGUUUCAUUCUCUUGCUUGCGACUGUAGCUUUUCCCAACAUCAUUUAUUGAAGAGACUGUCCAUUCCCCAGUGUAUAUUCUUGGUUCCUUUGUCAUAAAUCAUAAAUCAAUUGAUCAUGCAUGUGUGUGUUUAUUUUGGGGUCCUGGUGUGUUCCAUGGGUAUAUUUAUGUGUUUUCAUGCCAAUACCAUACUGUCUUUGUAACUAUAACUUUGCAAUGUGCUUUGAAAUCAGGGAGUGUGAUGGCUCCCUCUUUGUUUUUCUUUCUCGAGUUUGCUUUGGCUCUUUGGGGUCUUUUAUGGCUCCUUAUAAAUUGCAGGAUUGUUUGUUCUUUAUCUAUGAAAAAUGCCAUUGGAAUAUUGAUAUGGAUUGCACUGAAUCUGAAGAUUGUUUGGGUAGUAGUCCAAAUUUUGAAAGAGGUGCAUGUAAUUUUGACACAGCAUGCAUUUUUAUUUGUAAGCACUCUGGGUAAGUUUAGAUUUUUCAGUAUUCAUCUAAUAGGUUUAUUGACUGUGAUAAACUAGUCGUUUUUGAAGUUUUCACAUAGAAAUAAUUGAAAUAGAAUAUAAUACAACUGUAAUCUCAAGAACAUAUUUUUAUAACUAGGGCUAUUUAAAUCUCUUUUGGUGGCAAAAUCUUUCAGAGAUUAAAUUUCCCCCACCCUCUUGGGAAAAUAUUUACGAACAUCUUAUAUAGUAUUAGAGACAUGUAUGUAAUAUAUAUUUAUAUCUAACUUAAAUCUACUGCAGUUGCAUUCACAUAUUGGCAAGAAGAGGGGAUUUUGUUUUGUUAUUUAUUUAUGACUUCUGAGUGUUCUGUAUCCAGUGUUAAGUUGUAAGGAAAAGCUAAACUUGUGAUUUAAAAGUAAGCUUGUUAUAUAUACGUGUGUAUGUGUGAUACGUGAAUGGUUAUUUCUGUUUUCAUACUUUUUUUAAUUUUUGACCUGGAUUAGACUCUUCUUAAAAGCUUUAAUCGUAGUCAUAAUUAGAAUGCUCAUGAAUGUUUGGGGAAACUAUGCAGAAAAUAUUUUAAAAUACUAAACAAAAGUUAGAUUUCUGUCUUGUUUUACUGAUUUUUUUGGAUUUAAACCCAAGUUAGCUCAUUUAUAAUCUAAGACACCUACUAUCAAAUGACUAGGUAUGAUAGAAAAGAAAUCGUAGUCAUAAUUAGAAUGCUCAUGAAUGUUUGGGGAAACUAUGCAGAAAAUAUUUUAAAAUACUAAACAAAAGUUAGAUUUCUGUCUUGUUUUACUGAUUUUUUUUUGGAUUUAAACCCAAGUUAGCUCAUUUAUAAUC